ACCAAAACACUUCAAAGAGAAAGUAAAAUAAAAAAUAAAAAAAUGUGUUCAUUGCCUAAUAAUGAGAGCAUCAGCAUCGAGCUGCAACAGUUGCAGCUCGAUGUUGAUGAUACUAAUGGAAGGCAUCAGAGAACUCAGUGGCUACUGAAUUCUCCAGAGGCACCAAGUUUUUGCAAUGAGCUCAAAGAAUCUGUUUUGCCACAAAAAAACAAUUUUUUUCGUUCAAACUCAAAGCCAUGCAGAGCUGGGGUUUUUUCAUUCUUGCAAGGGUUAUUUCCAAUCCUUAGCUGGGGAAGGAAUUAUAAAGCUACCAUGUUCAAGCAUGAUUUGUUGUCUGGCUUAACUCUUGCUAGUCUCUGCAUUCCUCAGAGUAUAGGAUAUGCUAAUCUUGCAAACCUUGAUCCUCAAUAUGGCUUAUACACUAGUGUUGUUCCACCAUUGAUAUAUGCCGUUAUGGGGAGUUCGCGUGAGCUCGCUAUUGGCCCUGUUGCUGUUGUAUCGCUACUGCUUUCUGCAAUGAUAACCAAAAUUGUAGAUCCUACAGUUGAUCCUAUUGCUUAUACAAGCCUUGUUUUUACUGUCACUUUUUUCGCCGGUAUAUUCCAGGCUGCAUUUGGCCUAUUAAGAUUGGGAUUUCUUGUUGAUUUUCUUUCACAUGCUGCUAUAGUUGGAUUCAUGGGAGGUGCAGCUAUUAUAAUUGGUCUUCAACAAUUAAAGGGUCUCAUAGGAAUUACUCACUUUACUAACAAAACUGAUGUGGUUUCUGUGCUGAAAGCUGUUUUCAGGUCAUUUCAUGAUGAGGCAUUGUCUCCUCUGAAUUUCAUACUUGGUUGUUCAUUCCUCAUCUUCAUCCUAGUAACCAGAUUUAUAGGUAAAAGGAAUAAGAGACUAUUUUGGCUACCAGCUAUUGCUCCUUUGUUAUCAGUGAUAGUAUCCACCUGGAUGGUUUAUUUAACCAAGGCUGAUCAACAUGGAGUUAAAAUUGUAAAACACUUCAAAGGGGGUUUGAAUCCAAGUUCAGUUCAUCAAUUACAGUUCAAUGGUCCACACCUUGGAGAAGUCACGAAAAUUGGACUAAUUACUGCUCUCGUGGCUCUAACUGAAGCUAUUGCUGUCGGACGAUCUUUCGCUUCGAUGAAUGGCUAUCAUCUUGAUGGGAAUAAAGAAAUGGUAGCCAUGGGUUUCAUGAACAUUUUGGGAUCUUUAACUUCUUGCUAUACAGCAACUGGUUCGUUUUCAAGGACAGCUGUGAAUUUCAAUGCAGGAUGUGAGACUGUGGUAUCAAACAUAGUUAUGGCAAUCACAGUUUUCAUAUCCCUGGAAUUGUUAACCAAGCUUUUAUACUACACUCCACUAGCUAUCCUUGCAUCGGUUAUCUUAUCCGCGCUUCCUGGAUUGAUCGACAUAAAUGAAGCGUAUCAUAUCUGGAAAGUGGACAAGAUGGACUUUAUUGUUUGCAUUGGUGCCUUUUUUGGAGUAAUGUUUGUAUCUGUCGAAAUUGGCCUUCUAGUCGCGGUUAGCAUUUCAUUUGCUAGAAUAAUACUGGACACGAUUCGAGCAAGUACAGAAGUACAAGGAAGGCUUCCUGGGACGACAGACACAUUUUGUGACAUUACACAAUAUCCAGGAGCCACUAGAACUUCAGGCAUCUUGAUCAUCAGAAUCAACUCUGGUUCACUUUGUUUUGCAAAUGCUACUUCCAUAAGAGAAAGGGUGCUGAAAUUGGUGACACACACAGGUGAUAGUGAGGAGAACACAAAGGAAAAGGUUCAUUUUUUGGUUCUUGACAUAUCCAAUGUAAUGAGUGUGGAUACAUCAGGAAUAUUGAUGUUAGAAGAGCUGCACAGCGAAUUGAUUUCACAAAGCAUACAAUUAACCAUAGCUAACCCAAGAUUAAGAGUCAUUAACAAAAUGAAGACAGCAAAAUGUUUCGACAAACUAGGAAAAGAAUGGAUUUUCCUUACUAUUGGUGAUGCUGUAGAUGCCUGCUCGAGUCUCAAAAUAGCUGAUCAUAGCUCUACCAAUUGUUGA